GAUCUCGAGGAUAUUCCAGGGCCAUGCCACGGGCAAAGGCAAUGUCGUCUUCCAGGGCGGAGGCGCCACCGUCGGCGCUCCAGCCCGCGCGGAUUCUCUUCUCCGGAAUCAAGGUACCCGAUCUCUCGCGCCAGUUCCAGCAGCACAAUGCCAUCCCGUCGCUGCUCGAUCGGAUCAAUUCGCCGCUGGCAGCUGCCAGAUCCUUGCUCCAGCGCGUUCUUCCUCCUAGGGCAGCCACAUCCGGCAGGGAGCCGCUGCUCCAGUCGCUCCAGGCGCGGAUUUUAGGGUCGCUUCGGCAGCGCCAUGCCGCGCUCUUCUGCUCGGCAUCGCUGGGCGCUGGCGAUGAUCAGCGCAAGGAGAAUUCCAUGGCGGUGGCCGUCAGGAAGGGUUCUAGGGGGAAGGAGGAGGAGGAAAGAGUCCUUAUCAGCGAGGUUCUUGUCCAAGAUAAAGAUGGGCAGGAGCUGGAAAACUCGGAGAUUUUGGCCACUGCUCGACAGGCUCUAAAGUCGUGUAAAUCGAAUUACGCGCUCACGACGAAAGAGGUCCAAGAGGACGUCCAUCGGAUCAUCGAGACUGGAUUUUUCGCGUCUUGCAUGCCUGUUGCCGAAGAUACACGAGAUGGAGUCAGGCUGAUUUUCAAGGUCGAGGCUAACCAAGAACUUCGUGGCCUUGUUUGCAAUGGCGCAAACGUUCUUCCCACGAAGGUUAUCGAGGAUGCCUUUCGAAACGAGUAUGGAAAAGUUGUGAACAUUCAAAGGCUUAACACGGUUCUCGACACUUUGAAUGGAUGGUACCGAGAUAGAGGCUACUUUGCACAGGUGACAGACCUGGAGAUAAUGCCAGACGGUAUUCUCAAAGUACAAUUUGCUGAGGCAGUAGUUAACAACAUCAAUAUACGAUUUUUGGACAGGAAAACGGGGGAGCCGACUGUCGGGAAAACAAGGCCCGAAACAUUGCUUCGUCAGCUUACGACGAAAAAAGGACAGGUAUACAGCUUGCAACAAGGUAGACGAGAUGCCGAAACGGUCUUUACAAUGGGAAUUAUGGAAGAUGUCAAUAUCGUGCCACAGGCUGCUGGAGAUACUGGGAUGGUAGACUUGACAAUGAAUGUAGUGGAACGUGUACCUGGAGGAUUUUCCGCAGGAGGGGGGUUGUCAGGAAACGGCAUGACGAACGGAGCAUUGUCGGGUUUGGUUGGGAGUUUUGCUUAUUCCCAUAGAAAUGUGUUUGGACGUAAUCAGAAGCUGAACGUAUCAUUGGAGAGGGGUCAAGUGGACUCGAUGUUUCGUAUUAACUACACCGAUCCUUGGAUUGAGGGGGAUGACAAACGCACGUCCAGAGCAAUCAACAUCCAGAAUUCUCGGAGUCCAGCCUCUAUGACUCAUGGCGUUCGAAGAGAUGUUAGUUCAUCUGGACCUUCGCAUGGCGGCGUGACUGUCAGCCGGCUCAUGGCAUCAGUUGAUUACAGCAGACCGCUACGACCAAAAUGGAGCGGAACCGCUGGUUUGAGCUUUCAGCGAGCAGGAGCACGGGAUGAGCAUGGUCAGGCCAAGGCUAUUGAUGUGUAUGGGGGACCACUUACAUUCAGUGGCAAAGCGCACGACGACAUGCUCAUUGCGAAGCUUGAGCUGGUAUACACGGAUUCUGGUGAUUAUGGCUCUUCUCAGCUUGUUUUAAACACGGAGCAAGGACUGCCAAUUGCCCCGGAUUGGCUUUUCUUCAAUCGUGUCAACAUCAGGGCCCGCCAGGGCGUGAGGAUCGGACAAGUUCGAUGCAUAACAAGCUUCUCUGCCGGUAACGUGGCUGGAGAUCUCGCCCCUCACGAAGCGUUUCCGAUAGGAGGAACAAACAGCGUCCGUGGUUACGACGAGGGAGCAGUCGGAUCCGGGCGCUCUUACGCCGUGGCCAGCGGAGAAAUCUCCAUUCCUUUGUGGGGUCCUUUGGAAGGUGCUGUGUUUGCAGACUAUGGAACAGAUCUAGGAUCCGGACACACAGUUCCCGGUGAUCCUGCGAGUGUUAGAGGAAAGCCAGGCUCUGGAUAUGGCUAUGGAGCGGGCAUUCGUGUCGAUUCUCCUCUCGGGCCAUUGCGACUAGAGUAUGCUCUCAACGAUCAUAGAGCAAAGCGCUUCCAUUUUGGUAUCGGCUAUAGAAAUUAAGCUCUCUUAUAGACAUAGACAUGUUCCAUUUAAAUCCUCCUUUCUUGGAAGCUUCUAAAACGUAUAUUCCUGGGAUAUUAGAA